GCAGGAAUAGGAGGCGCGGGAGCAGCAGGAGGUGCAGCAGAGGCGGAGCGGGAGCAGCAGGAGCCCGCACGGCUCGACGCCUCCUCUGGCGCCAGAUGGAAAAAUGGGCUUGCUUUGUGUGCACAUUCACUAUUCUCUCCAAGCCGAUUUUGGGCUUCUCGAAUGGAAGCUUCAUUAUGUCAUGUGACUCUUUGGAACCGAACCAUGGAUUUUAUGUUUCCCAGAAGGACGCAAUACCAUAUAAUAUCUCUGUAUCCCAAACUUCAUUUAAUCUACAGGAUGAAAUCACAGUGACUCUACAAGCUACCGAAUCCAAUGGUUUCAUGGGAUUCCUACUUCAGGCCCGAGACACUGAGAGGAAUAUUCCCGUCGGUUCUUUCCGUAUCAUAGAUCAGAACACACGGGGUCUUAAGUGUAACAAUGUUGAGAACUCUUCAUUAAGUCAAAAAGACUCCAGCACUAAGAUGAAAAUCCAGACAGUUUGGAUUGCACCUUCUGGAACUGGAAAUGUGCAGUUCAUAGCAACUGUUGUUCAGCGUUUUUAUUUAUUCUGGGUUGGAGCCAAAAGUAUAACCCUUCAGGCUUUGCAGAAAUCAACUGAGAACCGGACCCGACAAGAUGACCGUGCCAUAUCGAGUUUGCUCGUGAUGAACUCCAGCGGCUGUGGCAAAAGCAAAUUCUGUUUCAGCAACCCCAGUGGCUGUGGCCCCGAAGAUCCUAGUUGUUUGUUCAUGUCUUCCGAAGCACUGAGUGGCAACCGUUUGAAGUUUGAAAUGAGUGGCUUGUCUCAAGGCUAUGUUUCCAUCGGGUUUUCGGAUGACUUUAUGAUGGCCCAAGAUGAUGUGUAUAUUUGCGUAAGAAACGGGACUGGGCAAAUAGAAGUUCAACAUGCCUUCACAACUGGACGAACCUCUCCCACCAUUAAACCCCUGGGCAAAGUCGAGAUGAUAAAGACAUCCUUCAAUAAUGGAGUCAUCAAGUGCAGUUUUAUAACUGGUAACCCCAUAUCAACUGAAACAAGAACUGCUAGGAACUUGUACUAUGUGUUUCUAACUGUUGGACCAGCCCAGAAUGGAAUCAUAAGGAAACACACUACCAGGCCUUUAAUAACAUCACAGAAAGUGGACAUCUCCAAAUAUAUGGUAACUGGAGGCAGACCUUCCGUGCCUACUUUAAUAAAAGUUCAUGGUGCUCUCAUGUUGAUAGCCUGGAUGACCAUAGGAAAUAUAGGAAUGGUUUUCGCCAGUAUUUGGAAGGGUGUACUCAAAAAGAAAAUUUGGGGCCAAGAACUCUGGUUUCAGGCCCAUAGGUUUCUGAUGCUAUUGACUGUAGCAGUAACAAUUACCGCCUUCAUACUGCCCUUUGUCCAGAUUCAAGGGUGGAGUGGCAAUGAGCCUCAUCCAAUCAUGGGAUGUAUUGUCAUGACACUUGUUGUUCUUCAACCAGUGGGUGCUAUCUUGCGACCUCCACCUCAACACAAAAGGAGAAUUUGGUUUAACUGGUUUCAUUCGCUAAAUGCGUUCAUCUUAAAAGUUCUCUCAGUUGUUACCAUAUUUCUAGGAUUGGUCUUGAUUGAUGGAUCACCUAAUCAAUGGAAAGUCAAAGUGAUGGGAGGCUUUUUAGGCUGGGAGGUGCUAAGAGAUGUUCUGCUGCACACAAAUAUUUGGAGGAAUAAAGAAAAUGCUGAAGACCCAGAAAGAAGGCUAAAAAGUGAAAUCAGGGUGUUUUUUAUUCAUCUCUGUGGAAACCUGGCAUUUCUAAUAGCACUGCUUGUUGGAAUUGGACAAUCAUAAAAAAAAAAGACCCUGGAUCUUUCCUAUAAGGAAGGGAAGAAUUAUUACCUUAGUGACUAAAUUAUUUUCCAGUAUAAAAAAGGAAAACAUAAUGCAACUGAAAUGGAUUCUUUUUCAUUCCAUUCUUAAUAAUUUAGUAAGUAUUUUUUAGGGCAUAUGAAAAUUUUUAAAUCAAUUUCUACAAAUAAGGAUGAAUUCAUUUUUAUACAGUUUUUGUCCAGUGCUUUCAGAGAUUAUUAACAAUGGAAUACUUGCAUGUCAACCUUUCUUCCCUUUCUUUUCUGAUUAUUUUCAGUUUGAUCAAUUCUGUACAUAUAUUUUACAUUUUGCUUUCAUGUCACAUUUUAAUAUUCUGACAUAUGUUUCCUCUUACUGUAUGUAAAUGGUUCAUUUACAAUUAAAAGGGAAAUACUCUAACACAAA